GACGUCGCGGGUGACAUUUCUCUAUGCGGGAGGUUAAUAAAUUUACCAACAAAACUACAAAUUUAUACCAUUUAAUUCCGUUUAAAAAAAAUUAACGUUAGUUAAGAGUGUCCGUGUACGGUAACUGUCAAAUUUGCGCGUCAAUUUUUCUUCUUCUUUACUAAAUCCGUUGAAUUUGUUAAAUUUCAAGGUUUUCGGUGUAGUGAACGCAUCAGCAUAAACAAUCGAAUUACGUAAAGAUUAAAUUUAAAAACGCGUUUAAUUCGGUAAAGUAAAAAAACCACCCUCGACUUAAAUAUAGGUCAGUUUGACAGCCGGGGGUUGCAAGGACGUAAGUGACAGAUCUCCAUUUAAGUGUUUCGUUUAAUUAAACCAUACGAUUUUGUAUUUAAAGUUUUUAAUGUGACAUAGACCGAUUUAGAUAAAGAUGGUUUAGGUAUGCCAUGAACUCGCGUCAACCCCUAACUUCUAUUGAUGGACAGGGGCCCAAAACCCCCCAAAACAUACAGCAGGAAUCGUCGCCGACUUUGACGCUCAUAUCGUCAAAGGGCUCGGCUGAUUCGAACUAUUCGCAACCGUCGUCAGAUCUUUCGCUCGACGAAGAAAAAGAAACGUUACGUCGAGAAAAAGAACGUCAGGCCCUUAAUCAACUGGAAAAAGCAAGGACAAAACCGGUAGCGUUUGCCGUCAGAACAAAUGUAGCUUAUGAUGGAUCCGUCGAUGAUGAUUCCCCCGUACAUGGAUACGCCAUUUCUUUCGAAAUCAGAGAUUUCUUGCACAUCAAGGAAAAGUACGAUAACAACUGGUGGAUCGGACGUUUGGUUAAAGAAGGCUGUGACAUCGGUUUCAUCCCCUCCCCCGUCAAAUUGGAGAACUUACGUUUACAACAAGUGCAAACGAGGACGACGAAAUUGUAUUCGAGCAAAACGAGCUCGAGUUCCAACAUCGGCGCCUCAGCCGGUAACGACGUUUCCCGAGGUAGCACUCCUCCCACGCCCGGAGAUGAAUCUGAUUCGAUGGGUAAUGUCAGAACGGGCAAAUCGCUUACCACACCUCCGGCGAAAGAAAAGAAGAAACCUUUCUUUAAAAAACAAGAGGCUACGGCCCCUUACGAUGUUGUUCCUUCCAUGCGACCUGUAGUUUUAGUGGGUCCUUCUUUGAAAGGAUAUGAAGUAACUGAUAUGAUGCAAAAAGCCUUAUUCGAUUUUUUAAAGCAUAGAUUCGAAGGAAGAAUUAUAAUAACUAGGGUUAUGGCCGACAUAUCGUUAGCCAAACGUUCUCUCCUAAACAACCCUUCGAAGCGCGCGAUCAUGGAACGUUCGACGACACGAUCGACGUGCCUAUCGGAAGUUCAGGCUGAAAUCGAACGUAUUUUCGAACUUGCGACUACCUUACAACUCGUGGUGCUGGAUUGUGAUACAAUUAAUCAUCCUUCGCAACUUGCCAAAACUUCUUUAGCGCCCUGUAUCGUCUAUCUUAAAAUAAGUAGUCCUAAGGUUCUGCAACGGCUUAUAAAAUCGAGGGGGAAAAGUCAAGCUAGGCAUUUAAAUGUUCAAAUGGUUGCUUCGGAAAAAUUAGCUCAAUGUCCGCCCGAAAUGUUCGAUGUUAUCUUAGAUGAAAAUCAAUUAGAAGAUGCUUGCGAACAUAUAGCGGAAUAUUUAGAGGCUUAUUGGAGAGCUACGCAUCCUGAAAUAAGUAUCCCUAACGUAUCUCGACCUAUAGGUACUUCUCCGCAGAUUUCCCCAACGGUUGAUCAAGAAAGACCUACAUUACCAGCACACCACGAUGUAUAUGGAUACGGUCAUCAUGAGUCUCGAGUUCCAACUUUCCACACAGGCCAUCAAAGAAGCGUCCGAGGAAGAUUAGAAAGAGAACGCGAGUACGAAGAAUACUCCGAUAGAGAACUUAACACGCACGGAGCGACUACACACGACGACUACCGAGAACGGAUUCCCACUUCCCGAUCUAGAGAAGAGGAUUCGUUCUCUAGCCACCGAGGCGCGUCGCGAAGGGCGUUGAACGCCAUUUAGUGGAGGCUUACAACGGAACAACCCAUUGAAGAGGAGUUUCAAGACGAGCUAUCGCCGAAAACUGAAUCGUACUACAAACCCCAGAUCCCCAGGGAAUACGCCACCGACAGCAGGACACCUAGGGAACGACGAUACGACGAUCUCCUCCUAGAAAGACGCCCGGAAGACAAAGAAAGGUAUCCGGAACGAUUCAGGUAUUCGGAAGGACCGAGCAGGAGGUAUCAGGAAGAAAGGAGAAGCGCCGUCGUGGAUAGGAGUAAAUUGGAAGGGAGGAAUUAUAGGAAAGAACUUUUGGAAAGGUUUUCCGGGAUGGAAAUUGAAGAUCGUCAAGAAUUUCCUAGUCGUCAUAGGUACUACGAAUGAUAUAGCUGAUCAAACUAAUACGUACAACGUUUCAAAUUUCAAAAAAUAUCUCAAACAAAAAUUAUUUUUUCAUUGCAUCCUGUAUAUCUCUGCAAUCAUGUGACUCGUAACACACAACUUCUAAUUUAUCGAAAUAUUAUUUUCAAUUAAACAUGACAACAUCGCGCUAUUUCAAUCGACGUCGCGUGUCUGACUAAUCUAUAUAAAAUGUUACAUCAUCUGCCCACUAUUUAUAUAAAAAUAUGGCACCGAAUUCAGUUAUUACAAUGUUAGAAAACAUUUAAAGAUAGAGAUGAUUAUGAAAUGAAUGGUUUUUCUCAUUAUAACGUUUAUUUUAAUGAAUUCCAUUUAUGUAUUAGGUAAUUUUUGUUUGAGAUGUACAGGCAUAAUCCACACGUGCCUAAAAUACAUGUACAAACUAUGCAUUGAAUCCAAGAAGACGAAUACAAUAUUUUUUAACAGUACUCAAAUCAAUGACGAUGAUAUUAUAUUAAUAAACUUUUUAUUCAUAUCACAAAUACUUUCUAAAAACUAUUACGAAAUAUUUGAAAAAUUAAUAAGUAUUAUUUUAAUUACAAAACUUAACUCCUACAUUCCUUCGAUAAUGUUAAAUGUAGGAAUACGUCUAACAGUGUUGCCAGAUUUAUUUCACAACUGUCUUUGAAUUGAAAAUAUCUUGUUUUUAAAACAGCAGCGGGUAGACCGGGGUGGCCCGCACAACUAAUUAUUUUAUCUAAACGAUGUUUUUCAAUGAAAUUUUAGUAGAAAAUUUGAUUUCUUGAAAAAUUUGUAAGUAAUUUCAACUUCUGUUGUUGGAAAACCAAAAAAAAAUUUUUUGAUUUUAGCGUAUAAUUCAAAAGAAAAAUCUAAUUUUUAUGAAUUUUCCCCACAUCGUAAAAGAAUCUAAAAUUUAUGAAAAGUUUUUCUCACCCGGGUACUCUUUUUUUUUAAAAAUUCAAUUCCUUAAAUAUUUAUUACACAUAUUGAAUCCUUUAGAUAAAACCUUUUAUAAUCCUGUGGUAAUUUUGUUUCAAAAUAAUUCGUUUCAAGGAAAAUCCUUGAACUCUGGCAACACCGAUGUCUGUUGUUUAUAUUCUUUCACGAUGUGUAGUAGACGAAAAUACGUAAACGUACAUAGAGCGCAUGCUCCUAUACAUUUAUUCGUAAAUUCCCGAAUUUAAUUUCUUUAUUAAAACGCAAUAGCUUUUUAAUCAGUCGUAAAAAUUUUGUAAUCGUUUUCUGGUAUUCUCGUUCUUCUUUUACGGAAGAAAAACAAAAACUUGUAGUAUCUUUUUCGACUUACUUCAAUGGGAUGUUCCGUUCAAUGUGAUUGAAACAAAUAUAAACUAAAAAAAAUUGACCAUUUUGGUGCCAUAGCUCAAUUUUUAAUCAAUCUUAUUAAGUAAACUGGAAGAAUAUAUUCAAGCUUUAACUUAGGAUUUUUAAAUUAAUUUUAAGGAAGGAUUAUUUAGAAAAAAAAUAUGUAAUAUUAAUGUAUAAUAAUAAUUUUAAAGCUCAGUCGUACUAGAUUCGAUAGUAUAAAUGAAACAAGCCCCAACGUGGAUUCUAAAAACGUCAUCUGUCAAAAAUAAUUAUAUAUUUCGAAUCACUAAUUCGAUUUAAAAUAAGUUUUAUCAAUUUACACUUUUGUUUAAACACUAAAUUGAUCAAAUUAAUCACUUAUAAAUAAUUUUAAUCAAACUAAAUUUAUUUACAUGAUCUAUUCCAAUAAUAACCCAUAUCAAUCACGUACGUUAUAAAUUUAAAAAACUUACCUGUUACCAAUUGUCCUUACAACUGUUUCCGCAAGAUUAAUUCUCUUUUUAUUUCAACGAAUAAAUUCACGCUACUCGAUAGUAGGUGGCGUUUACGUAUUAUAAAUUGAUAUAUUGAUAAACUAUUUAUGAAAAUUUAAAAAUAUUCGGUUAUUAAUGUAAUUGAUUAUAAAACUACAAAACUAAUUUGAAUGCAGUGACAUCUAUGAUAUAGAAGAUGACGAUAAUGCAAGUUGGGUCGAAAUAUAUAACGCAACGAAUGUAUAGCCAGACAGGGUAUUACGUCAUAACGGUUUCAUCGGAAUUACAAAAAAUUUAUAAAAAUUUCGAAUGAUACCUAAUUAGCAUAUAUAUUUUUUUAACGUCCACGCUAUCCAUUCAAUAUAAUAUAAUAAAUCGAUGUUAUUUAAGUAUUUAUAUAUUAUAAUUUGGUUUUUACGUAAAAAAAUUUUUAUUUUUGAUGUUUACUAUUUUGGUGUUCUACGUCUAAGCUACUCGGCAGAAAAAAUAAUAAUAAAGACUAUAUAUUAGAUAAAUUAAUAUACUUUACUAAGCAAAUAAAAAAAAAUUUAUUAUAUAGGACUCACGAGGGUUGUUUGUAAUAUUUUGAUGAAAAUAUCUCUACUGAAGUUAAAUUUUGUGGUUAGGAAACAAGAAAAAGAGACAUUAGGGGUGGUUAACCAAUUCGAUGUGUAUUUUAGCCGUAGCAAUAACUAAAUUGUGUUAUCUUGAUGGAAAAAGAUAUUUUUUCUUCAAAACUCCAUCCUAAAUUUGUUCUAACGACAGACACGGUUGUGAAACACAAACUAAACAUUCAAAAUGGCUGAUAUUUCAAUUAGAAUGUCUAAAAUAUAUUUCUAGAUAUGUGCUGACAUGUUCCGGCUGGAAUCGGAAACUUAUAAAACAACCCCCGUAUAUAAAAUGUGAACGAAUUGUCCUAUAUUUAUGUCUAGUUUGACUGGGCUGUAAAAACCGAGAUAUUAUACCUUAAGGGAAAGUGUACUCUAUAUUGGAGUAGUAAUUCGCUUAAUUUUUGAUAGUAUCAAUACGAGGCGAGUCAAAAUUACUUUUAAUCAAUUUUUCAAAACGUCACCAUAGCUUAUUUUGGUAUAAAUCUAACCUUGUAUAUAUUUAGUUUUUUAUAAUUUAUUUAAAAAAAUUUUUUAUAAUUUAUUUAAAAAAGUGAAAGUAAUUUUUUCUGGUCCCUUUGUGAUAUUUUCGUCAAGUAUUUGACUGACUCUAGGUUAAAAUUUAGAUGAGGAUUGCACUGCUGAAAAUAAUAAAAAGUACCAAGAAGCGAGGCUCGUCGGACAUACAUCGAAAUUCAAAUGCCACAAUAAUUAAAAGUGUAAAUUCCUCUUGAGCUGAUCUUGUUCAUAACCUCAAAUGUUUACGUCAUAAAUUAAUCAACAAACUUCCCUAGUAAUCACUUUGGACCUAUAGAAGGCUUAUGACAUGAUGUAUCAUACCUUGUCCAGAUUCAAAGCACCCCUCGAGUGUUUGACAGUCAGUGAUGAUCACGUGUGCCAUAAAAUUGUCCCUAAAAUUCACCCUACAGAUUAUCUAGUGAAAAAUUAAAUCCCAAAAUGUUCUAAAUUUCGAAUUAAUAUCUUUAUAUUGUUUUAUUUCCCGACAUAUUUUUUUACAGCAUCGCCUAUUGGUGUAUAACAUUGAUUUUUUUAUAAGGAUAUCAUCCAUUUUAUAAAAAAAAAUAGUAUUUUCGACAAGCCCUGGUUCUAAUUCUACAAAUGCAUGCUGAUAAAACUUGUUAUUCCAAAAAAAAAAUUGCUAGUUGAAUUUCGUUAAUAAAUAACUUUGUAUAAAUUGUACUUUACCCCAAAAUAAAAUAGUUUAUGUCGUUUCUCAGGAUUCUUUCUAUGAUUUACUUUCAAAAAACAAAUUGUUUCGGUGUAGAAAUUCGAAAUUUGCAUCAAUAGAAUUCAAAAUUUCAGAUUUUCAUUUAUCAAUUUACUGCUUUGAAUCAAUUUCUUUUAAAUACUUUAUAAUUUUAAACUAACGAAUCCUGAGAAUCUUGAAAUAAUCCAGCACUUAUUUAUCCUAAAUACAAAAUUUUCUUAAACAAAAUAAAACCCACAUUUUUUUUCGGAUUUCCUACACAAUCUUGCAACACUGUUUAAAAUUAUUUCACGUUACUUUAACUAUAUUUAUAUAGGCAGCAAUAAUUACGUCAUCUGUCAAUAACGAAUUUAUAUAUACAUGUUCAAAAAAGUUUGAUUUAUUUUCGCGUUUAUUCAAACACAAUUUUAAACAUUUUUAUUGAUAAUUUGAAACAAUGAUAAAUGGUGACAAACUGAAUUACAGGUUUCUUUUAUAUCCGUUGAAUUAAUACGGUUUCACAAUACAAUGACAGAUGGCGGUAGUGCAAUUUGAUCAAAAUAUUGAUUUUUGAACAAAAUAUUUCAACCAACUGUAAAUUUCAGUUGCUUUCUUGUAUUCAAAUCGAAUUUAGUGAAAACAAAACGCUGGAUUAUUGUUCAAAAUUUGUAGAUUAUAUACUGCAUCUACGCCACGAUGUGGUAGCUGAAUCACCCGACCAAUUUCAACUACAUAAAAAGUAUUUAUAUUAUACAGUCCUGUAAAAAAAUCGCACUUCGCAUUAGCCGAGUUCAAAGGAACAUUUGACAUUAAACUCGAAUUCUAUUAAAAACUGGAAUUUUCGACCUCAUUUUUAACCGUAUAUUAUAGGCAAAUUUCAAACAGCGCUGUUUAGAUUCUGGCAACUGACAGUUAUCCACUAGCUCUGGUGCUUCUUCAAUAAGGUGCCGUUAAUGCAGUUAUGACACAGCGUUGCCAAAUUUAUCUUCUUUAAAAUUAUAUUAAAAUAUUUAUUUCAAAUAACAAAAUUUUUUAUAAAUUAAAUGAACAAUAACAACAUUUAUUACCUCAAGGAAGAAGAAAAAAUUACAUAUAUACAAAAACGUACAAUGAUAUUAUUACUUUUAAACGAUACCAAACACACAUUUUUGUUAUUACUUAACACCAGAUGGCGUAAAACAAUAGAGAAGUUUCUUUUUCCAAAUCAAAAAUUACACUAUAAUAUAAAAGUAUAUAAUUUUUUUUAUCGGGGAAAUGAUUAAAAUUAUACUGAAAUCUGUAAAUUAAGUGCGGUCUGGCAACAUGGAUGUCCGAAAGUUAAGUUUCUCGCAGUCUGUGCAGCGUGACCUUGGCAUCUAAUAUAAUAAUAAUCAUCACACAAAUACAACUGAUUAUGGAGAAAAAGAAGAUGGUGGAUUUUAAUAUUAGAUACAUAAAGAUAAUUAAAACAAAAUGAAGGAAAAGAAGAUAUUGUAGUUAAACCUUUUGGGUUUAAAUCCCGACCACGAAAUUGGGAAAGUUGUACGAAGCGACGUGAAGUUGCCUCUACACUACCUCAUUCGGUAAAUCUCGAUCAACUUCGGGAAUAGUGUAAUGGAUGCUUAUUAAUAAAAAAUGAGAGUUUAAUGUUUGAUAUGCAACUAGUAAAUCCUCAUUUAGAAUUUUGAGCUUCGGCGAAUGCGUUAAAAACUUAGAUAUAAUGCCAUAAUUUUUGUUUCUUUAGCCCUAUAUUAAAAUUUAGUAUAAUAAUAAAUAGUAUAAAGCCCGUUUUGCACUGAAGACGUCUCAAAGGUAUCUUAUAUUGAAGUUACAAAGAAAAUGUGUUACGAUUUUUUCGAUUUGGACGAAAUUUGAAAUGAGGUUAAUUGAUUCGAAAAUAAAAAUGGUGCAAAAAGGUUUUCCAAAGCCGAUGACAUUAUGGAAUAUGAAUGAGUAAUAUGGAAUGAAAACAAAGAAUUUUACUACAUCAUUUCAUUAUUUGGCUGAAAAGUAUAGAAAAAGUAAUUAAAACAAAGAUAUUUUCAAGUUUUUUUCAAAAGUUAGCGAUUUAGUUCAUAAUCUUUUAACUUUAACGUUAUAAUUUAGAAGCAGGGCCCUAUAUACUGGAGGUGGGACUAACUAAGAGUUUUAGUGUGUAAAAGCGAGUGAUGAGAGGGUUGCGGACGUUUCCGUUUCUCAGUUUAAAUCUUGUUAAUAAUUAAAAAAAGUAUACAGAAAGUAAUUUAAAAAAAGUAUAUUUUCAAUGUUUUUUCAUAUUUUUAUCAAAAGUUAUUGAGUUGGUUCAUAAUUUUUAACUUAUUAAAACGUUAUAAUUGAGAAACAACGCCAUCUAUAUAUUGGAGAUGGCACUAAUUAAGAAUUUCGUUGUCUAAAAGCGAGUUAGGAGGGGAUUGUGGACGUUGCCGUUUUUCAGUUCAAUUUUUGUUACUUAAUUAAAAAUAUAUAUUUUUCUAACUUGUAAUAUUUUGUAAUGUUAUCGGCAAAUACAUUUAAAAAGAAGAUAUUUAUUAUUAAAAAAUAUUUCCGAAACGCUGUUAAUACAUAAUGGAGUCUAUUGAACAUUUCAAAAAAUAAAUAUAUUAAGUAAUUAUUGAUAUUUGAAUAUAGCUAAACUUUGAUAUGAUGUAAAUAUAGUUAAUAAACAAAUUUAUACUAUUUUAUUUUUUUUUUGUAUUUAAUUUCGUUGGGAAUUCGACCCAAUUUGUAAAAUAUUAUUUAACUUAUUUUUUUUUCUGAAUAUUGUUAUUAGAUUAAAACCAAACGAGUAUUUUUCCAAAAAAAAACAAACAUUCUUGACCUAUUAAAUCAAAUAUAUAAAAUCUACAGGGUGUUUUUCGAUUCAUGCGAUAAAAGCACUCUGUAUAUAAUUAAAGCGGAUAAUGGUCAGUGACUUGAAAACAAAAUAUAAUUAUAGUUCUUUUUUAAUUAUUAUCAUUGAAUUACUCGUAUACUUUAAAUUCUAGUCCAUCCUGUAUAAAUUUAUGACAUAAAUUUUUUCAUAUUUUGAAAGUGGAAUUAAUUCAUACGAUAUAAAUUGCAACAAAAAAUACUCGAAAUUUUUAUUUUAUGAAUGUAUCACCAAAUACGAAAUAUAUUUUUUUAUUUUAAUUUAUAGUUACUAUAAAUGCAUUGCUGUUUUAUGAUUUGUCAUUUGUACGUUCAAAUAUUGUGAAAGCGAGAAAGUAAGAAUGGAAGCGGCACUAUUGACGUGCAUUUUUCUAAAUAAAAUAAUUCUACAAAUGCC